AUGACGGAGUCCACAGGUGAACGUCUUCUUCUCAUCCGUAUCUUCCCGCUACUCUUGGCUGCUUUGAGCCAGCUUUUCCCAUUGGUCACAGCCGACUGCUACUGGCCCGAUGGAUCAUACGCUUGGGACAUGCAAGAAUGCUAUGGUUCCUUGGGUGCAGAUGGACUGUGCUGCGCUCAAGGAGACCUCUGCCUUAUGAACCAUCUCUGCCAGAGCCCCGCCUACCAAACGUUGUAUCGAGGCGCUUGCAACAUGCCAAACUGGACCGAGGCUGAAACGUGCCCUCAGAUCUGCUUCGACUCGGAAGAUGAGGACAGUAUGAGCGACAUUCAACUCGUCGAACAAUGCGACGUGACAAGUGAACAGUAUUACUGCAAGGCUGAGGAACAAAUAAGAGGCGUGGAUUGUUCCAGGUCCGACCUCGCCGUCCCAGUCUUCACUCUACCUGAUGUGCAAACCUGUACCAUCGCCAGUGAUCCGCCGCUCUCUUCAUGGACAAGUUUUGACUUGGAUCCUGACGAUUCUUUCACAACUUUCGAUUUGGGUCCGGAUACGUCGUUCACAAGUUUCGACUUAGGCCCUGCUCCGUCUUUUACAGAAGACUCUGCGCCGACUGGCUUUUGGUCCUCAAUUCGCGCUCUGAAUGAAUUCAUAGAUUCCUCGUUCAACUCAGACAAUGAGGAAACGCUUGACGCAGAGGGCAACAUUACCAGGCUCGCCAAAUAA